GCCUUCCCAGCAGAAAGUCAUGACGACGACGGUAUCUUGGAUUCAGUGAGUGCUCGAGAGUGCUGGCACUUACAAGCCUAGUCGUCAGCCAUUCGCUUAUCCCAGCUCGUAACAGGGGCUUGAUGACGACUUUUCAGACUAUGCGGAGGAGCUCGCGAGCGAUACCACGUCAUUGCAUUCCGAAAUAACAUCGUAUCGCUAUGAGAAUGGACGACGAUACCAUGCCUACAAGGACGGAGCUUAUUGGGCCCCGAAUGAUGAUAAACAGAAUACACAGCUAGAUAUCGCCCACCACAUGUUUACAUUAUUGCUAGAUGGCAGGUUACAUUUAGCGCCCACCGGGAAUAGCAUUCAGAGAGCACUUGACAUUGGCACCGGUACUGGUAUUUGGGCCAUUGAUUUCGCGGAUGAACAUCCCUCUGCCGAAGUCAUCGGUACGGAUCUGUCGCCCAUUCAGCCGAGCUUCAUCCCCCCUAACUUGCAAUUCGUGAUUGAUGAUGCGUCAGAGGAUUGGAUCUAUCCUGCGGACUACUUCGAUCUGAUUCACACCCGUACUUUGUACGGAGCAAUUGCGGACUGGCCACAAUUCUACCGCAAAGCCCUUAGACAUCUGCGUCCUGGAGGAUGGUUCGAUCAACUCGAGAUGUCCAUACAAUUCCGAUCAGACGACGAGACAUUAACGGAGGACCAUGUGUUGUCGAUCUGGUCGAAGACGUUCAUCGAGGCCGGUGAGAACCUAGGGAAGACUUUCCGCAUUGCUGAGCUAGCGGCUGGCUAUAUGCGAGAUGCAGGCUUUCAGAAUGUUGUUGAGCACCGGUACAAGUUGCCGGUGGGUCCGUGGAGCAGAGACAAAAAGCUGAAGAGUCUCGGGAUGUGGAAUCUGCUUCAUUGCGAGCAUGGCAUUGAGGGCUGGGCUAUGGCGUUGCUUACGCGGGUAAUGAAGUGGACCUUCGCAGAAGUACAGGUUUUCUUGGCUCAAAUGCGCAAAGGCCUGCGGGAUCCAAAUGUUCAUGCUUACUUUGAAGUCGUCGUAGUUUAUGGUCAGAAGCCUAUACACAUUGUUUAGCUCAGAGGUUCAAUGCAUGUGCAAUGCACCGUGAACUCCAAGGUGGUAAUACCCAGACAUGGAUCGACUUGGAAGCGUUUUAAUUGGGUCUGAUAUCUGUACAGCUGCUGGUUUCAGGAACCGGGAAAGUACUGGGGACAUCAGGGCACUGUCGAACUUUUGGUUCCCGAAAGACGAACCGCAUACUAUACAAUAAGUACAC